AAAUACACUGUGGUAUAGUUGAAGUGACAUAAUAGGGCGGCAGGAGCAAUCGUUCGCUGCAAAAGAGUCGGUCAUUACCAGACUGUGUGUGUAGUCUCAUGUUCACUGUGUUGUACAAAUCCAGCUGAGCCUUGAAUGUUGAGUGCGGGUGUGUUGGAGAGAUUGGGCUCUCUGUUGUGGACGAGCAUUCAAGAUGGCUGACCCACUGAGUUUGUUGCGGCAGUGCAAUGUCAAUAAAAAGGAAAUUGUGGAACGUGAUAACCAAAUUAUUAUCGGCGAAUUUUCGUGGCCGAAAAAUGUCAAAACCAAUUACUUGAUGUGGGGGUCUGGCAAGGAUGGCGCACCUAAGGAAUAUUUACACUCUUGAAUGCCUCUUAUUCUUACUUAAGAAUGUUACUUAUCCACAUUCAAUGUAUGUGCGACAGGCAGCUGCGGAAAACAUUCCUGUUGUACGUCGACCAGACAGAAAAGACCUUUUGGCAUAUCUUAAUGGUGAAACUGCAACGUCGGCUUCGAUUGAUAAAUCUGCUCCUCUGGAAAUACCCACUCAAGUGAAACGAACUGCUGAUGACUCUCUUGAAUCUGUGGCUAAGAAACCUCGUUUUGAGGAAACUCAAGUGCAGAAGGUGAAAGAGCAACUUGCGGCAAGAUUAGAUGCACCCAAAGAAGCUUCUGUAACAGUAGACAAUAUAAAAUCAUUAUCGGAAGCCAUGUCUGUGGAAAAAAUUGCUGCAAUCAAAGCUAAACGUCUUGCAAAGAAAAGGACUACUAUUAAAGGAAAUGAUGAUAUUGGAUUAGGGCCUGAUUUAAGAGUAAUGUUAGAUUUUGACGUAGAUUUAACCAAAGAUAUUAUUUCUCGAGAACGCCAAUGGAGAACACGUACUACUAUUUUACAAAGUGCAGGAAAGAUCUUUGCUAAAAAUAUAUUUGCAAUCUUGCAAUCGAUCAAAGCACGAGAAGAGGGAAGACAUCGUCCACCUCAACCUACUCCAGUAAUCACUCCUCGUGCAACACCUAUUCGGUCUGUGCCCCAACCUGCUGUCUAUAAUCGGUAUGAUCAAGAAAGAUUUAUUCAGCAGAAGAAGGAAACUGAAGGAUUUAGUGCACGUAUUGUACCACAAGCAAAUAAGCGUGUGUCUCGUACUCCUAUCAUCAUUAUACCAGCCGCAACAACCUCAUUAAUUACAAUGUACAAUGCAAAAGAUGUUCUUCAGGACCUCAGGUAUGUAAGUACGGAAAACAAAAAAGCUAUGGGAGCCAAAAGAGAUAAUGAGAUUUUAUUACAGCGACGAAAGGAAGGUGGUUUGACUGUACCAUACCGUGUAAUAGACAAUCCUCAGAAAUUGACCAACGCUGAUUGGGAGAGAGUUGUCGCAGUAUUUGUAAUGGGUCCUGCUUGGCAGUUCAAAGGAUGGCCCUGGGAUGGCAAUCCUGUGGAGAUUUUUUCAAAAAUUUGUGCUUUUCACGUCAAAUAUGAUGAAAUGAGAUUGGAUUCUAAUGUUGGUCGUUGGGCAGUACAUGUGAUAGAAUUAUCUCGAACAAAAAGACAUUUGGAUCGUGCUGCUCUUAUGGUAUUUUGGGAGAAGCUGGAUAACCAAGAUGUAAUGGGUCAGUUGGUUUAG